CAGCGCAGAGAUAAGAGAAUAUAAACACAGGCAACACAGCCUCCACUUUUUGCUCCACCUUCUUACAAGUUUUUCAUCGGAAAUUAAAUGAUUAUUGACCCAUGAUCGAUUUGCAUUGAACAAUCCGGUUGUCCUUUUGCAAUUAUUCAUUAUACUUAUUGAAACUUUAGGUUGUGAAAAAUUCAUUUAGACUGGUAACCUUUGUGUUUAGUCUCUUCAUUUAAUGGAACAACGAAAUAUCAUUUUAUUUUUAAAUUGUGACACUGCAUCUGCUUACGUGUGUCAUUUCCCUUGUCAGAGAAAAAUUACUACGAAAAAGCUUUUAAAUCGUCUCGUUGUGCCAAAAAGAUGACUUUUGAAUAACCAAGAUGACAGGGUCAGACGAAGACUCCGCUCCUUUGGUUGGCGGCGCCUCGUCCAACAUCGAGCGAUCUAACAUCAACAUAAAGAAGAAUGCUUUAUUUUGGAAAAAGAUCAUCUCAGCGGUGUUCUACGGGGUAGCUUCCUUCAUGAUAACUGUUAUCAACAAAACAGUCCUCACUACUUAUAAAUUUCCGUCUGUACAAUUUUUGGGGCUGGGGCAGAUGAUUGCAACAGUGGUUGUUCUUUUUGUCGGAAAACGACUUCGAAUUAUUCAAUUCCCUGAUUUUGCCAGGGACACCUUCAGGAAGAUAUGGCCUCUACCUCUAAUUUACAUUGGAAACAUGAUAUUUGGGCUUGCCGGGACCCAGCAGCUGAGCCUUCCCAUGUUCACUGUGUUGCGUCGAUUUUCAAUUUUAAUGACCAUGAUUGCCGAGUUUUAUAUCCUUGGCAUCAAGCCUAGUCUUGCCAUUCAAGUUUCUGUGUACACCAUGAUCAUUGGUGCCAUUGUAGCCGCUAGCAAUGACCUGGCAUUCAACAUGCAAGGCUACAUUUUUGUGCUGCUCAACGACUUCUUCACAGCCACAAACGGUGUAAUAAUGAAGAAGAAACUGGACUCUAAAGAACUGGGCAAAUAUGGGCUUCUGUACUACAACGCCCUCUUCAUGCUGGUGCCAACAUUCCUCUUCUCGAUCAAGAGUGGUGAGCUGCAUGAAGCCCUGACAUACCCUCACUGGUCGGAUAGCCUCUUCCUUGCUCAGUUCCUGCUCUCCUGCGUCAUGGGAUUCAUUCUGUCCUACACUGUGAUCCUCUGCACCCAGCACAACUCUGCCCUUACUACCACCAUCAUCGGCUGCCUCAAGAAUAUUUGCAUCACUUAUCUGGGCAUGGUCAUUGGUGGUGACUAUAUUUUCUCAAUUGUCAACUUCAUGGGGCUCAACGUCAGUGUGUUUGGAAGCCUCCUUUACACAUAUGUGACCUUCAAGCCCUCUCAGCCCUCGCAGCCACUCCAAAGGGUAAUAGUUGCUUGAUGAAGGUAAAUUACAAUGUUUUGGUCAAGCUGCUGUAGAUUAUUAAAUAUGUCUAAGUAAGAGUAAAUAAAUAAUCUCAUCACUCGACUGUACAAGAAUAAGAAUGAUUCAGAGUCACACAAUACUAUUUUUUAAAUUAUGCAAGGAUAUGUUGCAUUUACAUAAUACAAAAAUAAAACUGUUGAAGUAUUUAAAAAG